CUCUUCUCCUCUAGACAGCACCACGUCCACCGCUACUGAAGCAAGCAGAAACAACUCUCAAUCCUUGCACCGAGCUUUGGAAGAAAUACUUGGCUUAGCGAGCGGCAACAAAGAUCAGAGUUUUCACGGUCAUGGCUCUCAACCUCCGUCAAAAACAAACCGAAUGUAUAAUCCGGAUGCUAAACCUAAAUCAACCUGUAAAUGCAACUGGUACUGCCAAUGAAGAGGUGUACAAGAUCUUGAUUUAUGACAGAUUUUGCCAAAAUAUCUUAUCCCCGUUGAUUCAUGUCAAGGAUCUGCGCAAGCAUGGGGUUACUCUCUAUUUCCUUAUUGAUAAGGAUCGGAAACCCGUUCAUGAUGUCCCAGCUGUGUACUUUGUUCAACCAAGUCAAACCAACAUUCAAAGAAUUAUUUCUGAUGCAACUCGCUCGGUUUAUGAUAGCUUCCACCUGAAUUUUUCAUCUUCGAUCCCUCGUCCACUUCUUGAGGAUCUUGCAUCUGGGACCCUGAAUUCGGAUUCUAUACAGAGGAUUUCCAAGGUGCAUGAUCAAUAUUUGGAGUUUGUGACUUUGGAGGAUAAUUUGUUUUCAUUAGCCCAGAAAUCUAGCUAUGUUCAAUUAAAUGAUCCGUCUGCUGGGGAUAGGGAGAUUGAGGAGAUAGUUGAGAAGAUUGUUAGUGGUUUGUUUUGUGUGCUGGCAACCCUGGCUGUUGUCCCCGUUAUCAGGUGCCCACGGGGAGGGCCAGCAGAGAUGGUGGCAUCAGCAUUGGAUCAGAGAUUGAGGGAUCAUUUGUUAUCAAAGAAUAACCUGUUCUCAGAAGGUGGUGGUUUUAUGAGCUCAUUUCAGAGGCCCAUUUUGUGUAUAUUUGAUAGGAAUUUUGAGUUGGCAGUUGGGAUACAGCAUGACUUUAGGUAUCGCCCCCUUGUUCAUGAUGUGCUUGGACUGAAGCUGAAUAGGUUGAGCGUGCAGGGGGAAAAGGGAGGGAUGAAGUCAUAUGAGUUGGAUAGUUCAGACCCUUUCUGGGUUGCAAAUGGGUCUCUGGAAUUUCCUGAAGUUGCUGUGGAGAUUGAGACACAAUUGAAUAAGUACAAGAAGGAUGUUGAUGAGGUGAACAGGAGGACUGGUGGAACGGAUGGGACAGAAUUUGAUGGAACAGACCUGAUUGGUAAUACUAAACAUUUGAUGAAUGCAGUGAACUCACUGCCUGAGUUGACAGAGCGGAAGCAGGUGAUUGAUAAGCACACAAACAUUGCAACUGUGUUAUUGGGUGAGAUCAAGGAGAGGUCUCUUGAUUCAUAUGCGAAAAAGGAGAAUGACAUGAUGGUCAGAGGUGGGAUUGAUCGUAAUGAACUUUUGGGUGUGCUUAAAGGGAAGGGGUCCAAGAUGGAUAAGCUGAGAUUUGCAAUCAUUUACCUUAUAUCCUCCGAUAGCCUUAACCAGUCAGAAGUUGAAUCAGUGGAAGCAGCUCUUCGGGAGUCUGAGGUUGAUACUUGUGCAUUCCAGUAUGUGAAGAAAAUCAAGUCCUUGAAUGUUUCAUUAGCAUCAGCAAAUUCUGCAAGUAGGAGUCAUAUUGUAGAUUGGGCCGAAAAGCUUUAUGGACAGUCAAUUAGUGCUGUGACAGCUGGUGUUAAGAACUUAUUAUCUAGCGAUAGGCAGCUUGCUUUAACAAGGAUUGUGGAAGCUUUGAUGGAAGGGAAACCUAAUCCUGAAAUCGACUCUUACCUUGUGUUUGAUCCUCGUUCUCCUAAGUCAGGGGCUGGUAGUAGCCAUCUCAAAGGGCCAUUUAAAGAAGCCAUGGUGUUCAUGAUUGGUGGCGGUAAUUAUAUGGAGUAUGGGGGCUUGCAAGAGCUUGCACAGCGCCAGCAGCCUGUCAAGCAUAUUAUCUAUGGAACAACAGAAAUUCUCACUGGAGCAGAGUUUGUUGAGCAGCUCACACUCUUGGGGCAGAAGAUGGGGCUUGGUAGUACUGCUGCAACUGCUUCCACUCAUUAAUACGAGGAGUUUUGUACAUGAACUUUGAAGCAGGUUGUUCUCUGCUUUAUGCAUCAAAGAGGAGACUGGCCACCAUGAGUUGUGUUACCAUUUGAUUUAGAGUAGGCUUUGCUGAUAAUUAGUUUGCCGCAAGACUUUGACUGUAUCUUCACUGCACCUGAGGAAUGCCAUCUUUCAUGUAUUUGAGGAGGUAUUUGCUAUCAAAGAGCAUUUCUAAUAUUUUAGCAUCUUGUGGUUAUAAUUUUUUUGCUUUUGCCUACGGCAUUGCAGAAAUUUCUCUAUUUUCAUCCACUUCAAUUUAUGAGUGUUCUUUCGAUUCA